AUGCGCCUCCUCCACCCCCUCAUCCCAACCUCCCUCCUCCUCACCCUCACCACCGCAACCCUCCACACCACCCAAACCAACACCACCAUAACCCUAACCAACAACCGCCUCACCGCCAACUUCUCCAAAUCCCAAGGCCGAAUCACCGACCUCUACCUCGACAACCAAGACCUCCUGGGACCCCAAUCCGGCGACACCGGCGUCGGCCCCUACCUCGACUGCUACUGCAUCCCCUCAGGCUUCUACACCCCAGGCUCGACCUCCCCAACGCUCCAACUUCUCACAGGCGUCGACAAAUCCGGAACCCACUAUGCCGGUGUCCUCAUGGACGAGACCUACCCGCCGACAGGCCAACACUUCCAGCAAUACUGGUUCCUGCGCGACGGCGAAACAGGCCUACACACCUUCAGCCGAUUAGCGUAUUACAACGAGACGACGCCAUACUUGCGCAACCUGCAGGAGUUUCGCACGCUGUUUCGGCCAAACACGGAGCUUUGGACGCAUUUGACGUCUAGUGAGGUGCAGACUGCGCCGUUGCCUAGUACCAAGGCUGUCGAGGAGGAGGUGGUCGUGCAGGAUGCUACCUGGACGUUUAAUAAUACUCCUAGUGAUGCGUAUUAUGUUCAGUUUGCGGAUUAUUUUACUAAGUAUACGUUUUCGAAUGCGUGGAGGGAUAAUUCCGUUCAUGGCAUGUAUGCUGAUGGGAGUACCUCGAAUGGGAGUACUUUUGGGGCUUGGUUGGUUAUGAAUACUAAGGAUACUUACUACGGUGGCCCCCUGCACUCGGAUCUCACGGUCGACGGCAUCGUCUACAACUACCUCGUGUCCAACCACCACGGCGAAGGAACUCCCAACAUCACCUACGGCUUCGAUCGCACCUUCGGCCCUCAGUACUAUCACUUCAACGGCGGAAAGGGCUCCACUGCGUCCCUAAAGGAGCUGAAAUCUGAUGCAGAAUCCCUAGCAGAUCCCAACUGGAACGUCGACUUCUACGACUCCAUCGCCAAACACGUCGUCGGGUACGCCCCCUCCAGUCAACGCGGCAGCGUUCAAGGGAAGAUCAAGCUUCCCAAAGGUGCCACUAGACCUAUCGCAGUCCUGACCGUGGACGGCCAGUAUUUCCAGGACAACUCGGUGAACUCAUCCUCAUACCAGUACUGGGCUGAGAUCGACGACUCCGGGCAUUUUAACGUGGACCACGUCAAAGAGGGACCCUACCGACUCACUGUAUACGCCGACGGGAUCUUCGGCGACUUCGUACGCGACGGUGUACAAGUGAAGGCCGGCAAGAAAACCACUAUUCAAGAAACCUGGGAAGCAGAGUCCGCAGGCACUGAGAUCUGGCGACUAGGAACACCCGACAAGUCUUCCGGGGAGUUUCGACACGGCGUUGCGAAGGACCCCACUCACCCGCUUCACCCUCCAGAGUACCUGAUCUACUGGGGCGCAUAUGACUGGCAAUCAGACUUCCCGGACGGAAUCAACUACACAAUCGGCACCAGCGAUCCCGCAACCGACCUGAACACAGUCCACUGGUCAGUGUUCGGGCCGACACCGAACGAUCCGCGCGUCGAAUACGAUACCACGCACGACUGGACGAUCAACUUCCCUCUGAGUGAGGACGAUCUCGCAGAGCGGUCCAAGGCCACGUUGACCAUUCAAUUAGCGGGAGCGAAGGCAGCAUCCGGCAACACAGACGUGUACAAUGCGUCGGAACCAUAUGCCAAUCUCGCCUUGGAGAGUUACAUCAACGACCAGGCGGAGCCCCUGACCCUUCUGGUCGGGUUCAACCAGUCAAGCAGCUGCAUUGUGCGGUCGGCUGUGAGUUGCUAUCAGGUUCGCUCGCGCAUGGAGUUCCCGACGGAUUGGCUGAAAGUCGGCAAUAACGUUUUGACCUUGCAUCUUCCGUACAAUGCGACGGAUACCGAGACGGCGAUUUUGCCGGCGACGGUGUAUGUGCAGUAUGAUGCGCUGAGGUUGGAGGUUUCGUAG